AUGAGGUUGAUGACGACGAUGGGGGGGGGCAGCGAUUAUCCCCCGUGGUUACGAAGGCCGCCCCGUAUCUCCGAGGAGAGCCCAUCCGCCAUCGGAAGUACAAAACGUAGUUCCAAGUUCAACAUGCUGGAGACCAGCGAUGGCGCCAUCGCGCUGGGGAUGAGCAAUUGCGAAUGCGACGUGUGUGCAGCCUCAUCGGGGGGGAAGGAAAAGAAGGACAGACAGACGUACGACACAAAGGCAUACGUAGACGCUCUUCGUACCAAGAGUCCGACAGCUCCACCACCUUUCGACGAGACCGCAGGACAGAUCCCGAUGGUUGAUUUGGCUGGAACGGAGAACUUGACGGUCGUUGGAGAAAGCAUAUUGGUCAUCGCUGGAGUCCCUCAAUCUCCUGAAUUGCUCGAAUUGGAUCAUUGCCUUGGUUGCUCCGCUGUUCCCCUCUUGACCCCUUCCUGA